AUGCCGUCGACGCACAAAAAAGAGAAGCCAUGGGACACGGACGAUAUCGACAAGUGGAAGGUCGACCCUUUCACCAAGGACGAGUCCUCAGGCCCAUUCCUUGAGGAAUCCUCCUUCAUGACCCUCUUCCCCAAGUACCGCGAGCGAUAUCUCAAGGACUCUUGGCCUCUCGUCACAAAGGCUCUCGACAAGCACGGCAUCACCGCGACACUGGAUCUCAUCGAGGGCUCGAUGACAGUCAAGACAACCAAAAAGACAUUCGAUCCAGCGGCGAUUUUGAAUGCGCGAGACCUCAUCAAGCUCCUGGCACGGUCCGUACCGGCGCCUCAGGCCAUCAAGAUUCUCGAGGACGGCAUGGCGUGCGACAUUCUCAAGAUCCGGAGCAUGGUGCGGAACAAGGAACGGUUCGUGAAGAGGCGGCAGCGGAUACUGGGGCAGAACGGCACAACACUGAAAGCACUCGAGUUACUCACGGAGACGUACAUCCUGGUUCACGGCAACACGGUAUCGGUAAUGGGGAUCAAACGCGAACUAGCCAAAGACCCAGAACUAGCACACGAAGACUGGAGCCGGUACCUCCCCAACUUCAAGAAGCGCACGCUGUCCAAGCGGCGGACGCCGUUCAAGGUCACGGACAAGGCCAAGAAGACGUACACGCCGUUCCCGCCGGCGCCCGAGAAGAGCAAGGUGGAUCAGCAGAUUGAGACGGGCGAGUACUUUUUGGGCAAGGAGGCCAAACACCGGGCGGCCGAGGCGGAGCGCGCCGAGAAAGCCAAGCAGAAGAAGGAGGAAAAGAAGCGGGAGCGGGAACGCGAGUACGUGCCGCCGGAGGAGGGCGCGGGCAAACCGAAGAAGAGAAAGACAACGCACGACUGA